AUGUUUAUCGGCACAGAGAAUGUCAAAACUCUCGUGUUGGUCUCAACCCUCGUGACCACCAUAACAUUUGCUGCUGGAUUCGCAGUGCCAGGUGGAUAUAACAACUCUAGUGGUCCUCAAGAUGACAUGGCAACUUUGGGUAGUAAAUGGUCAUUUCAAAUAUUCUUAAUAUGCAACAUCAUAGCAACCUACAGCUCCAUCAUUGUCAUACUUGCUCUUAUCUGA